AUGACCGCCGCCGCAACCGCGGUGCCCUCCGAGAUCCUCCGCCUUUCCGCCGCCUUCCUGUCCGAAGCCCUCUCGCAGGCCGAGCUCCGCCGCAGGAUCUUCUCCGCCUUCCGCCGGAGGCUCCCGCAGCCCAACCCGCUCCUCCGGCCGCUCGAGCUCGCCGCCGAGACGGUAGAGAAUGCCAUCUCCACCGUGAACCCUUCCGUCCGGUCCUCCUCCCUCCACCUCGCGGAGAAGCUCCUCCUCUCCCACCCAGAGUCCUCCUUCUCCUCCUUCCUCCUGUCCCUCAUCUACUCCCUUCGGGAUCAGCCUCGUGACGCGGUUCUCCGCCUGAUCGAUGUCUUCUCCUCCGAUCCCUCCCUCGCUCGGUCGGAGAUCGCGCCAGCAAUCUUUGAGGACCUCUUCCUGGUCCACCUCAUCCCCGUGCUCGAGUGGUUUAACGACCAGAGGUCGAAGAUCAUGGCGAGUUCAGGCCCGGUUCAUCUCGAAAGCCAGCUCAACGACGACUUCUCGUGCGACAUGUCGGUGGUUCUUCCAUGCACGAAGGUGCUCUCAAAGAUGAGCGGAGACCAGGCGGCGAAGCUGAAGGAGCUGGAAAGCAACUACGAGCGCGUGAUCGACGAGAACUGUGCGGUCUUUGCAAGGUACUUCAGGGAAGUCCUGAAGAGCGGAGACGGAGGCAGGGCAGUGAAGCCGCCGCCUGUGGUGGUGGAGAAGAGAGGGAGGGUUGACGUGCUGGAGGAGGAUGAGGAGACGACGGAGGACCGGACGGCGGAUUCAGAGGCGAGCGGCUUCAACCAUGGACGCUAUAACCCAAUAUGGGCCGAAGGUGACCGGUCAGUUGAACACUAUAGCAUCGGUGGGAGCAGCAGCCACUCGCCAUCUUAUUCUUAUCCUCAAAGGGUCUCUGCAGCUUCACUCGCCGGCACCGCCACCGCUCCGAAGAGCCAGAAGAGGCCUCCCCCCGCCGUCGGAUCGACGCCAUUUCCUCCGGCGCCGCCCACUUCCACUUCAGAUUCCGAAACCUCCGGCUCCUCGUCAGAAGGAGACGAUUCGGCCGCAGGGUCUUCUUCCGAAUCCGAGGCCGAAGACGAGGAAAGGAACAGGAGCAUGGCCUUGUUCGAGCCUAGGAAAGCCCAUCCUCAGAAACCAACGGAUUCCAAUCCUGCAGAGCCGAGUUGCCCCCCGGGACGCCUCAUGGCAGAGUCCGAAAACCCUCCUGGUGGUGGAAAACAGACCCCUCCUAAAGACUUCGUUUGUCCCAUAACGAGCAACCUCUUCGACGACCCGGUGACUCUAGAGACUGGCCAGACGUAUGAGCGCAGAGCGAUCCAAGAGUGGCUCGACAGGGGGAGCUCGACGUGCCCGAUCACGCGCCAGAAGCUGCAGAGCACUCAGCUCCCCAAGACGAACUACGUGCUCAAACGCCUUAUAGCGAGCUGGCAGGAGCAGAACCCCAGUGCCGUUCUGGACAAGUCCGAGAAUUAUAGCCUGGAGGUUACGCCGAUUGUGAAGCCGAUGAUGCACUCGACCUCGCCAAAUAGUGUCAUCAGCCAAGCAAGCCUCGAUGGAACGGUGAGCGAGCUAAGGCAUAGUAUCAACAAGCUCUGUAUGUCGGAGGUCCUGGAGGAGUCCGAGAUGGCCGUCCUCCGGAUCGAAAAAUUCUGGCAGGAGGCCAGUUUGGGAAUCAACAUUGUGAACAUGCUCUCGAAGCCUCCCGUCGUAAACGGGUUCGUGGAGAUCCUAUUCAAUUCUGUGGACACCAGGGUCCUGAGGGCAACGGUUUUCCUCCUGUGCGAACUGGGAUCGAGGGAGAAAUCUGUUGUUCAAACGCUCACUCAGGUCGACUCCGAUGUGGAUGGCGUAGUUGCUCUGUUGAAGAAGGGUCUGCUGGAGGCCGUCGUGCUGAUAUACCUGUUGCGGCCUUCGGUGAUCAGCCUCAUAGAAAUGGACAUUAUAGACUCCCUGUUAGUGGUCAUCAAGAAGAGCCCGGACGAGUUGAUGUCAAUGUGCUUAAAGCCAAGGACAGCAUCGGUUCUUUUGCUAAGACAGAUUCUCGGGGGCUGCCAGGAAUACAUGGCGGCUGCAAUGACUAUCAAGGUAAUAUCAGCAGGCGUUAUCGACAGUAUCAUAGGGAGUUUGGACGCAGAAUGGUCUGAGGAGAGGAUGGCUGCAGUCGUCGUCUUAUCGAAAUGCAUGCAGGAAGAUGGGAAGUGCAGGAACAUGAUCGCAGAUAAAGCUGAGUUAGCUCCUGUACUAGAAAGUUUCGUAGGCGCAGCUGAUGCAGAGAGAUUUGAGAUAGUUCAUUUUCUCUCCGAGCUAGUUAGGCUAAACAGGAGGACAUUCAAUGAGCAAGUUCUUCACAUCAUAAAGGAUGAAGGUGCCUUCAGUACCAUGCACACUUUCCUUAAUUAUCUGCAGACGGCCCUCCAAGAACAAUGUCCUGUUGUAGCCGGUCUCCUUCUCCAGCUGGAUCUACUGGCAGAGCCUAGAAAGAUGAGUAUAUACCGGGAAGAGGCGAUAGAUACCCUUAUUUCAUGCCUCAAAAAUACCGACUUCCCUGCUGCCCAAAUGGCUGCUGCCGAGACAAUCGUGUCGUUACAAGGGAGGUUCUCUGCAUCUGGAAAGCCCCUUACCCGGCCUUUCCUUCUAAAACGUGCGGGACUCGAGAAGAGAUAUAGAACUGUAAUGCGAAUGGAGAAUCUCGGCAACAGCAAUGUCGAAUUUGAGGAAAGUCUGCGAGAAGAAGAGAAGGCAGCUGAUGAUUGGGAAAGGAAAGUAGCAUAUGCUCUGGUAAGCCAUGAAUUCGGUCUGCUUUUUGAGGCCUUAGCAGAAGGCUUAAAAAGCAGAUAUGCAGAUUUAUGUUCAGCAUGCUUCGUGUCUGCCACAUGGCUCGCGCACAUGCUUGGCAUUCUCCCGGAUACUGGGAUUCGAGGAGCAGCCCGAGUUUGCCUGCUCAAACGGUUCCUGCAAAUAUUCAAGUCAGCAAAAGACGUUGAAGAUAAAGCCCUUGCUAUGCUCGCUCUAAACAGCUUCAUCCAGGAUGCUGAGGGUCUGCGUGAUCUAGCUCCCUCGAUGAAGGAUGUCUUGAAAGGUUUGCGGGAGCUGAAGAAGCACUCUCCUUUUGCAUUCGAGAUGUUGAAAGUUCUCUCCGAAGGAAGUGAAUCUAGUGCUGACCUCUGGAAUCACAAGGAAUUAGUUCAAGUUGAUUGCAGCCACAGCGGAGAAGUUCUGUCGAUAGUUUGUUACAAGGACAUUAUAUUUUCUGGCCAUUCUGAUGGCACGAUAAAGGUAUGGACGGGGCGGGGAAGCAUUCUUCAUCAAAUCCAAGAAGUACGAGAACACACCAAGGCAGUGACCAGCCUGGUGAUAUCACAAUCUGGAGAAAGACUGUACAGUGGUUCUCUCGACAAAACGACAAAGGUGUGGUCUAUUGGCGAUGAUGCAAUACAUUGCGCUGAAGCACAUGAUAUGAAGGAUCAGGUUCAUAAUCUGGUCGUGGCUAAUAGUAUCGCGUGUUUCAUUCCACAAGGAACUGGUGUAAAGGUUCAGUCAUGGAACGGGGGUUCAAAAUUAUUGAAUCAAAACAAACAUGUUAAGUGCUUGUCUCUUGUGCAAGGAAAACUGUAUUGCGGAUGCCUUGACAGUAGCAUUCAGGAAAUCGAUUUGGCAUCGGGGACACUCAACAGCAUUCAGAGUGGCUCUCGAAAAUUACUCGGAAAAGGAAAUCCAAUCCACGCACUCCAGCUUCACAGUGGAUUGAUAUAUUCAGCCAGCUCUUCCUUGGAUGGAGCAGCCGUUAAGAUAUGGAACGCUUCCAAUUACGAGCUCGUAGGAACGCUGCCAUCAACAGCGGAUGUUCGAGCUAUCGCAGUGAGCUCGGACCUCGUUUACUUGGGCUGCAAAGGUGGAAUAGUGGAAGUCUGGUGCAAAGAGAAGCAUCAGAGAGUAGAGGCACUACAGAGCGUAACGAAUGCCAAGAUUCACUGCAUGGCCCUUAACGGUGACGAAGAGUUCUUGGUGAUCGGUACAUCGGAUGGGCGGAUUCAGGCAUGGGGUUUGAGCUGAAGAGAAGCCGCGGCUUUUGUUGAUCGGUGUGGAUAGACAAGAAAAUCGAAGACUAAUAUGACCCGUGAAAUUCUUUUUUUCCCAUCCAAUAAGCAUCCUCAACAAAGUUAGCAUGCAUGUUCUUGAUAAUUUGACUGUAUAUAGCUCGAGUUCAAUAACGGAUACUGUCAGAAAAAUCCAUUCUUCAUCCAUUGAAUAGAUUGGUGCUUGUAAACAAGGACCAUGAAACCCUUUGACGUUAACAGCAUUCUUUAGAUCAUCAGUAGAACCGUAAAUAACCAGUCGCUCGCAUUACAUC